AUGGCCAGUACAAUAUCAACUACUAGUCUGCUUCGAAAGACUGUGGACUUUAAUCAGAAGUGGGAUAACCUGUCAAAUGGAAUGUCACGUAUACUCUCUGGUUUACAUGUCAGUGGCUUCGACUUGGCACAGGACGUCUAUGAUCUAUGUGUAUCACAGCCACAUCCACACUCAGAGCCACUGUACGACAGCAUCAAGAAGUUCUUUGAGAACCAUGUCGAUCAGUUGAGAGAGGCCAUCCUGACCACGAGCUCAGACACUAUAUCCGAGUACUUGAAGCAGUGGGAGAAGUACUCACUAGGAAGCCAAGGUUGCAACGUCAUCUUCAGAUACCUGGUAGGUUGA